AUCAGCUAUGUCCAUAUGAAAUUGAUUGAUACGAGGAAAAAACCGUGAAGGAAAGAAUAUUGGACAUAUAUCGAUAUUGAUUUCAUCAUAGUCUUGCGGUCAAGGAAAAUUACAUUAUCACUCCAUAUUAGGCCUACCUUUGCGGCUGCCAGGAACAUACUACUUUUUGUCAGAUGGUUUUGUAAAACGCAAGAGCUUUCUUGUACCGUUGAUAAUAACUCUUAAACGAUUGAAAAGUUAAUCCACGCUCUUCUUCGAAUCGUCUACCGUCACCACAAGAGAGGCAUAUCUUACUGGUGUUAACACGUUACAUUUCCUUCAAUCAAUAUCAUGAUUUGAUUAAUUGUCAUCUAAGACAAAAUGGUGAUGAACGGUUUUAAAUCAAACCAUCAUGGAGCCAUCGUAGGGAGACAAUGUUUGGUGGUUAUUGUCAUCCUGUUAUUGUCAGUGCAUGAUGCGAUAGCCCAAGAAGCGUGUGCAUCCAAUCCCUGCAGUGGGUUGGGGUUCUGCUACGAAAGACCGGGAAGGACUCCUAACUUCGCUUGUCAAUGUUUUGAUACUAAUAGAAUGGGAUUUGACUGCAUGCAAGUAGGUUCUUUCAAUGCUGCAAACAGAUGUUUUGGGUAUCCUUCAUCCACCUGUCAGCUCACAUUCUUUUCCUCCCCUGCCUUCCCCAACAACUACCCCAAUGGCUUCUCCCAAAUGUACCAGCUCUACAUCCAAACCGCAACGUCGAUCAGGUUUUCAUUCCAAGUCACCUUCAGCAUCGACGUCGAUGACGAGCUCUACGUUGGGAUCGGACUCACUGUUCCCACGAGUUUUCAACCCGUUGAUGGCAUCUUGCAUCAGUUCAGUGGGAGUGUGGUGCCCAAUGCGUUCACUUUGAACACCGAUACGGUUUGGAUGCUUUUCAGGUCAGAUGCUACAGGAUCCGCAAAUGGGUGGCAGGUACAGUGGACAGCAACAACUGAUCCAUGUGGAUGGGGUCCUUGUCUAAAUGGAGGGACAUGUACACCAAACUUCCAGUCAAACACCUUCACUUGUAGCUGUACUCCUUGCUACAAUGGUAACAGAUGCGAGAUAGGUAAUAAUUUGUGUUCUACUAGUAACCCAUGUCUGAAUGGUGGGACAUGUUUUACCAAUGAUCAAUGUACCUCAGCUAUCUGUGAUUGCCCACCCUGCUUCACAGGCUUAACUUGUUCAAGCCGUAUAAACCAAUGCCAGAAUCCUAACCCAUGUCAGAACAAUGGGAUCUGCAUUCCACAGGGUAUUGGAUGUACAGACUUUGUAUGUCAGUGUGAUGUAUGCUUCAUUGGAAAUACAUGUUCACAGAGAAUUGACCUGUGUCAGACAAACAACCCAUGUAGAAAUGGUGGAUCAUGUCUGAUGUCACCCGAUUGCACGUCUACCUCCUGUGUGUGUACUGGGUGUUUUACAGGACCUACAUGCAGCACAUUGAUGAAUCCUUGCAGUAGUUUCCCUUGUCAGAAUGGAGGACGGUGUUCAGCAAUCGAUGGUUCAUGUACAGAAUUCACCUGUCAGUGUCAAGGAUGUUUUACAGGGGACCGUUGCACUAUUGGUCAGAAUCCAUGCAAUCCCAGUCCAUGUGUCAAUGGAGCCUGUCAGAUCAGCAGUCUCUCACCAUGUACACAGUACAGUUGUCUUUGCAACUUGUGCUACACUGGUCAGAACUGUGACAUUCCCAUUGAUCCAUGUGCAAACAACCCUUGUCUUAAUGGAGGAACUUGUCAGCAGGAUCCAAACAACUGUCUCGGUUUCAUCUGUAGCUGUGACGCCUGCUUUCAGGGACCAACGUGUGCCACUGACCUGGAUCCGUGUGUUAACAAUCCUUGUGCGAAUGGAGGUACAUGUAUAACUGAUCAAGGGUCAUGUACAUCAUUCACAUGCCAGUGCCCAGCAUGUGUGGAAGGUUCUCUAUGCCAGCAGGGUAUAACACCAUGCAGUCCGAAUCCAUGUCUGAACGACGGUUUAUGUAUACCCUCAACUACUGUUUGCACCGAGUACAGCUGCAUCUGCCGCAAUUGCAACACAGGGAUGAACUGUGAAGCUCAGCUAGAUCCUUGCAGUAACAAUCCUUGUGGCAACCAGGGGUCAUGUAGUCCUGUAACCUGUACGGAUUAUAGUUGUACAUGUCAGGGGUGCUUUACAGGGCAGAAUUGUCUUACACCUAUUACCCCAUGUGAACCGUCACCAUGUAUGAACGGGGCAGCCUGUAUUCCUGUUAGUGGAUUGUGUGAUGCCUUUGAAUGCCAGUGCGUCGGAUGCUUCCAAGGACAGUUUUGUGAAAACGCUCAAAAUCAGUGCAACCCUAAUCCGUGUCAGUUUAACGGCAUCUGUACUGCAACACCUGGAUCCUGUACAGAGUUCUCUUGCAUUUGUCAGGGCUGCAGCACUGGACCAACCUGUGAAACAUUACUGGACCCAUGCACUGUAAACCCAUGUAAUAAUGGAGGAGUUUGUUUGAGGUUAUCUUGCCAGGAGUACGAAUGCCGCUGUCCAACCUGUUUUGAAGGAGACAACUGCCAAAUAACAUCAGACCCAUGUUCAUCUCAGAUCUGUUUGAAUGGUGGAACAUGUCAACCAUUGUCAUGCUCUGUUGCUACGUGUCAAUGUCCAGGAUGUUACACUGGACCUAACUGCGAACUUUUACAAGAUCCAUGUAAUAACAACGCUUGUCAGAAUGGAGCAACUUGUAUUCCUGUAGCAGGGUCAUGUUUUGAUUAUACAUGUCAAUGUCAGGGCUGCUUCGAAGGACAAUUCUGUCAUUUACCUAUUGAUCCUUGUCAGACUUUCCCAUGUCAGUUUGGGGGUGUGUGUAGUCUGGUAGCGGGAGAAUGUAAUAACUUUACAUGCCAAUGUCAAGGAUGCUUCUCUGGCCCAACCUGUUCGGAAUUUGUGAAUCCAUGUGAGCCCAACAGUUGCUUGAAUGGAGCCCUGUGUCGUAGACUAUCAUGUACUGAUUAUGAAUGCGCUUGUGUUGGAUGCUACAAUGGAACAAACUGUGAAAACUUUAUUGACCAGUGUAGCCCGAAUCCAUGUUUGAAUGGUGGAAUGUGUACACCUCUAGCUGGAUCAUGCCAAGGGUAUACCUGUCAGUGUGACGGAUGCUUCAUAGGGUCGAACUGUGAAACAGCCAUUACCCAGUGCGAUCCUAAUCCUUGUUUCAAUGGAGGUACCUGUAACAGCAAUGGAUCAUCGUGUGGUGAUUUCACCUGUCAAUGUGCAGGUUGUUUCACAGACAGAAACUGCUUGACAGAGGUGCAUUCUUGUCAAUCUUCACCAUGUUUGAAUGGUGGUGAGUGUCAGCUGGUUCAAGAUUCAUGCUCUCAGUACACAUGUAGAUGCCAGGGUUGUUUCUCCGGAGAUAACUGCCAAACGUUGCUUAAUCCCUGUGAUUUAAACCCUUGUAUGAAUGGAGGAACUUGCUUCAGAGAAGGAGGAACUUCAUGUAAUGUAUCAGCCUGUAUCUGCCCUUCUUGCUUCACUGGGGCAUUCUGUGAAAUUGCAAUCAAUGCAUGUAUGGAUAAUGGUAACCCAUGUACCAAUGGUGGUACUUGCCAGCUAACCCAAGGAUCAUGCACACUGUUUGAAUGUCAAUGCCCUGGUUGCUUUACUGGCUCUACUUGCAACACAUUGCUCGACCCUUGCCAGAAUGAUCCAUGUUUCAAUGGUGGCCAAUGCCAGCAAUUGUCCUGUACUGAUUAUAUGUGUGAUUGCAUAGGAUGCUGGACUGGAGAUAGAUGUAUUACAUUUGUGGAUCAAUGCACCCCUAACCCUUGUGCCAAUGGAGGUGCCUGUAGUAGACUAGCGGGAUCCUGUACUAAUUACACCUGUUCAUGUCCGUUCUGUUACACUGGAGAUACCUGCCAAACAUGGAGAGACCCGUGCGACAGUUCACCCUGCAUUAAUGGCGGACAAUGCUCAUCAUCUUUGGCUUCUUGUACGUCGUAUCAAUGUCAGUGUUCAGGGUGUUUUACAGGAGCACAGUGUGAAAUAGAGCAAAAUGCCUGUGCAAAUCAUCAGUGUCAGAAUGGAGGCACUUGUGUGGCUAAUCCCAACUCGUGUUUCAACUAUGCAUGCCAGUGUCCAGACUGCUACACGGGGUCAUUCUGUGAAAUAUUUUUUAAUCCAUGCAGUAGUUUUCCCUGUCAGUUUGGAGGAACAUGUUCAGUACUGACCAAUCAAUGUGAUCAAUACCAAUGCAGCUGUACCAAUUGCUACCAAGGACAGAACUGUGAAAUAUUUGAUGAUCAGUGCAGCCCAAAUCCUUGCCAGAAUAAUGGUUUCUGUAUCCGCACACCAGGAUCCUGCACUGAUUAUACAUGCCAAUGUCAGCCAUGCUAUGUAGGAGAUCAGUGUCAGACAAGAUUAGAUCAAUGUUCACCCAAUCCUUGUCUAAAUGGAGGUACUUGUGAUGCUGUGGGAAGCCGAUGCUUAGAUAUCAUCUGCCGAUGCCCACAGUGCUAUGUUGGCGAUCGUUGCCAGAACAGAUUGGACCAGUGUUCUCCGAAUCCAUGUCAGAAUGGUGGAAUAUGCCAACCUGUCAGUGGCUCGUGCAUAGAUUACACAUGUGACUGCCCUGGCUGCUAUACGGGAAGGCUGUGUGAAACAUUGCUAAUGCCGUGUGCAAGUAGACCAUGUUUUAACGGCGGUUCUUGUUCAGUUAUGCCCGGAUCAUGUACCCAACACCAGUGUGCAUGCACAGAUUGCUACAGAGGACAAAACUGUGAACAAUUCAUUGAUGCCUGUGAGACGAACCAGUGCCGGAAUGGAGCUGUCUGCGAAGCUGUUCCUGGAUCGUGUGUGGACUACUCCUGUCAAUGCCAAGGGUGCUUUAGAGGACAGUUCUGUGAACAAGUGAUAGAGCCAUGUGAAAAUAAUCUGUGUCUGAAUGGAGCCGAGUGCAUACCUACUAGUGGAACAUGUGAUCAGUAUACGUGCAACUGCAUUGGAUGUUAUACUGGACAAUUCUGUCAAACAUUAUUGGACCCAUGUCAAUCCCUUCCUUGUCUGAAUGGGGCUACCUGUAAUGCAUUGGAUUGUUCUACCCGUCAGUGUCAGUGUACGAACUGUUUUCAAGGAGAUAACUGUGGCACAAGAGUAAAUCCGUGUGAGGGGCAGCCAUGUUUGAAUGGGGGUGUUUGCUUCAUAUCGGCUUCCUCAUGCAGUGACUUCACCUGUCAAUGCACCAGCUGUUUUACCGGGAAUACUUGUGAGAUAGAACUGAAUCCAUGUGACCCUAAUCCUUGUGAAGCUGGUGGUGCAUGUCAACCUGUCCCGGGAAACUGUCAGCAAUAUACCUGUAACUGCCCAAGCUGUUUCGUAGGACAAGACUGCCAAACAGCGGUUGACCUGUGUACAACGGCCAACACUUGUCAAAAUAGGGCAACUUGCCAGCAGAAUGCAGACUGUAAUGGCAUUCAGUGUACAUGUGGUCCUUGCCAUACAGGGCAGCUUUGUGAACGAGCUAUCAACUUCUGUGCAUCCAAUCCGUGCCAGAACGGUGGAUUCUGUCUCAAUGGCUGUCCAACAUAUUCAUGCAGUUGCACCAGGUGCUGGGAUGGAGACAACUGCGAAAUAGCUGUUGAUUCAUGUAGCAGCAAUCCCUGUCACAAUGGAGGUACAUGUAAUAAAAUCUGUGAUGUCUAUAGCUGUAGCUGUCCAUCAUGCUUUACAGGGAUUCAUUGUGAGAUCAGGAGAGAUCCAUGUGCGGGUUUUCAAUGCUUUAAUGGAGGAACAUGUGUUCAAUCACCAGACUGCCUGUCAGCAUCCUGUCUCUGCCCAACUUGUGUAACUGGUGAUAGAUGUAUAACUAGAUUAAACUCAUGUCUUACAAACCCCUGUAGCAAUGGAGGUACUUGCAUACAGGAUCCUAAUGAAUGUACAGGAUACACCUGCCAGUGUGAUGGAUGCUUCCAGGGUACAAACUGCCUUCAAGUCAUUGAUCAAUGCUCACAGAACCCAUGUCAGAACUCUGGAAUAUGUGCCAGGUCUCCGGGAUCAUGUACCGACUUCACCUGUUCCUGUCAUCCAUGUUAUGAAGGCACACUCUGUGAACAAGCAAAAGAUCCAUGUGCUUCAAACCCUUGCAUGAAUGGAGGUGUGUGUAAUGGAGUAUCUGGUUCCUGUGUAGCAUACACAUGUGAUUGCCCUGGUUGUUAUAUAGGAAGCCAAUGCCAAGUUUUACAAAACCCAUGUGUGAACAACCCUUGUGCAAAUGGAGGCACUUGUAUUCAGACACCGGGGUCAUGCAGCACCUUCCAAUGCCUCUGUACAGAGUGCUUUACUGGAGCUCUCUGUUCAUUACCUUUCAGUGCUUGUAGUAGUUUCCCUUGUAUGAAUGGUGGAAUAUGUCUCCAAGAUGGUAACUCUUGCCUAGCAUAUGCUUGUCAGUGCCUUGGGUGUUUCACUGGUACCCAGUGCGAAAAUGCAAUUAACCCUUGCAGUAGUAGUCCAUGUGGAUCAGGAGGGCUUUGCUCUCCAAGUAAUGUGAACUGCAAUCAGUAUACAUGCAUGUGCACAGGAUGCAACCAAGGGACUAACUGUGAUCUGAUUCCACAGCCAUGUAAUCCUAACCCAUGUCGAAAUGGUGGAUCAUGUAUUCAGCUUGGCUGUAAUAAUUACCGUUGUCAGUGUGACCCAUGUUGGACGGGUGUCAACUGUGAUAUACCCCUGGACCUCUGUGCCACACAAAACUUUUGUCAAAAUGGUGGAUCCUGUCUUCAAAACACAGAUUGCUCAUCAACACUUUGCUUCUGUGAUUCCUGUCAUACGGGGAACAACUGUGAACUUGAUGUUGAUAUGUGUGUUAUUGCUGGUAACCCGUGUCAGAACGGAGGUCUAUGUCAGAGUAAUUGCCCGUCCUAUUCAUGCACAUGUGGACAGUGCUGGACAGGUCAAGACUGCUCAAUACCUGUGAAUGCCUGUGCAUCUAAUCCGUGUCAAAAUGGUGGAAGCUGCUCAAAUUCAUGUUCAUCAUAUACAUGCUCUUGCACUGCAUGUUGGACGGGACCAAACUGUGAAACAUCUGUGAACUCGUGUAGCAGUCAGCAAUGUUUCAAUGGAGGGACCUGCAUUGUUUCUGCGAAUUGUUUGUCUACUCUUUGCCAGUGCCCGAGCUGCUUUUCAGGUUCAAGGUGUGAAGUAUUUUCCAAUCCAUGCAUCCCAAACCCAUGCCAGAACAGUGGUAUUUGUGACGUCACACCUGGUUCUAAUUGCUUGGGUUUUACAUGUCAGUGUCAUCCCUGCUAUCAAGGGCCAUUAUGCACCCGGAGAGUUGACGUUUGUGCAUCCAACCCGUGCGGAGCCUUUGGAACCUGUCUGGAGGUCUCGUGUUUACAAUACGUAUGCCAGUGUGAUUCCUGCCACAGCGGGCCAAAUUGCAAUAUAGAACGUGACCCAUGUAAUGUGAACCCUUGUGUCAAUGGAGGCUCAUGUAUAGCUUCACAGACAGGAUGUGAUGAGUUCACAUGUCUUUGUCCUUCAUGCUUCACAGGAUUGUCAUGUCAAAUGUCUAUUGAUCAAUGUCAACCAAAUCCAUGUCAAAACAAUGGGCGAUGCUUCAAGAUGGAAAACUCAUGUUCAAGCUAUUUCUGCUUUUGUGAUGGAUGCUUUACUGGAGCAACGUGUGAGACAGCUCUAAACCCAUGUGAAACGAACAGAUGUGUGAAUGGAGGCACAUGCCAACCAACCAUAGGAGACUGCACUCAAUCAUCAUGUCUGUGUCAAGGAUGCUUUACUGGGGAAUUCUGCGAAAUAGCUCUAAAUCCUUGCAACGGUAAUCCAUGUGGUAUUGGUGGUGUGUGUACUCCUAUUUCAUGUACCUCCUACUCCUGCCAAUGUGAUUCCUGUCACUCUGGAAUAAACUGUCAAACAGAUGUAAAUGUUUGUUUGCUGGCCAAUCCUUGUCAGAAUGGAGCGACUUGUUUUUCAGCCAGUGACUGCGAGUCGGCUUUCUGUUCAUGUACCUCGUGUUAUACAGGACAGUUCUGUGACCAAGAGAUUGAUUUUUGUCUAGGCAGAAAUGACGUAUGCCUUAAUGGUGGAUUAUGUGUCACGAGUUGCCCGGAUGUACAAUGCAUUUGCAGUCAGUGUUUUACAGGGAACCAAUGUGAAAUUGCCAUUGAUGCUUGUGAAUCUAACCCAUGCUUUAAUGGAGGAACUUGCGUGAAUCAAUGCUCUAGUUUCACCUGUCAGUGUCCACCUUGUUACACCGGUCUUCAGUGUCAAUCUUAUCAGGGUGCAUGCACUUUGAACAGAUGUGAAAAUGGAGGUGUAUGUGUAGAAUCAGCAUUAUCAUGUUUUACCUUCUCAUGUAUGUGUAGUGGAUGCUACACUGGAACAUUCUGUAAUAUGUUGCUGAGCCCUUGUUCACCCAACCCUUGUAGCAAUGGAGGUACCUGUAAUCCUGUACCUGGAUCAUGUACAGAUUAUACCUGCUCAUGUCCAGGUUGCUGGACAGGGAUUAACUGUUUGACCUUCGACAACCCUUGCCAGAGUAAUCCAUGUGCAAAUAAUGGAUUAUGUCAGCUGACCGGUAGUGCUUGCAACUCCUAUACAUGCCAAUGUGAUGGAUGCUGGGUUGGACAGUUUUGUACCAUAGACAUGAAUGCCUGUUCACCAUCCCCAUGCCUCAAUGGAGGGACUUGUCUAAGGUCUAACUCAGAUUGCAACGAUUUCUUUUGCCAAUGCACAGGAUGCUUCACUGGGUCUCAGUGUCAACAAGCGAUCAAUCCCUGCAAUGGAAACCCUUGUCAGAAUGGAGCCAUUUGUACACAAUCUCCAUUUUCCUGUACACAGUUUGAGUGUACAUGCGUUGGCUGUUUUACUGGACCAACUUGCUUAGCAGCUAUUGAUCGGUGUCUCAACAACCCUUGUGCUAAUGGUGGGACAUGCUUCAAGUCAGAUAACUCUUGUGUAGAUUUUUUCUGCCUUUGUACUGACUGUUGGUCUGGUCAGGACUGCACAAUAGCUACUGACCCAUGCAGCACUAACCCAUGCCUCAAUGAUGGGACCUGUAUUUCUCAACAGACCAACCCCUCACAAUGUCCUACCUACACCUGUCAAUGUCAGUCAUGCUUCUCAGGAGACGUCUGCCAAACAUUUGUUGAUGUAUGUACUAACGCACAAUGCCAGAACAACGCGAGAUGUGAGCCAGCACUUGUUGCUAAUCAGAUCUGUCCAGUACCACAGUGCGAGUGUAUCGAUUGCUGGAUGGGAGACGACUGCACCGAGGCUGCUGACCCAUGUCUUAGUAACCCCUGUUUUAAUUCUGGUACCUGUUUGACUGUCACUGGUCAGGGAAGCACUCUGUGUCCAUACUUCAUAUGCCAGUGCCCAACUUGUUUGACCGGACCAAGAUGCCUUACAGUUGUGAACCCAUGCAGUACCAAUCCCUGCAACAAUGGAGGAACAUGUGCCCAAAGUACCACAGACUGUACCCAAUACGUGUGCCUCUGCCCUGCCUGCUACACUGGGCAAACCUGUUCCACUUCAAUCAAUGUAUGUGAUUCAAAUCCAUGCAUGAACGGCGGUACCUGCUUCCAGAGUGGUCAGUCUUGUGAUUCCUUCUUCUGCCGAUGUCCCGACUGCUUCAAUGGAGAACAAUGUCAAGAACCGAUCAGCCCGUGUGAUCCCAAUCCUUGUCUCAAUGGAGCAACUUGCAUGACCAGUGGUACUUCAUGUACUGAUCACAGCUGUCUCUGUCCAAGGUGUUUCCAAGGACCAUCUUGUGAAAUACCUGUAAAUCCGUGCAGUAUCAACCCGUGCCAGAACAGCGGUAUCUGUAUGCCAUCCGUAGGCGACUGUGUGGAUUAUACGUGCCAAUGCACCUCAUGCUGGUCCGGCCCAUUGUGUACAAUCGGAAUGGAUGUGUGUUCCAGCAAUCCUUGUCAAAAUGGAGGAGUUUGUGAAUCAACUUCUAACUGCUCAGCCUACGUUUGUCUGUGUGCGAACUGCUGGGAUGGAGCCACUUGCGAAAUUGAUCUCGGUAUCUGUGCCACAGGGAACCCGUGCCAAAAUGGUGGUGCAUGUAUUCAGGAUCUCAACAUAUGUUCAUCAUCUUCUUGCGACUGUCCAGAAUGCUAUGCAGGCGACACAUGUCAAAUUGAACUGGACGGUUGCUCUGUAAAUCCUGACUUCUGUCUAAAUGGUGGUACAUGUAUGAAUGACUGUCCAUCAAAACUCCAACCAGCCUGCCAAUGUACUGAAUGUUGGACUGGACCACAAUGUGAAACAGCCGUCGAUGUGUGUGAUUCCAACCCAUGUGUGAAUGGAUCGUGUGUAAAUCAGUGUUCCUCAUAUACAUGCCAGUGCAAUACAGGAUACACUGGUACCAACUGUGAAAGAGAUGUGUGCAACCCAUCACCGUGCCAGAAUGCUGGUACCUGUCAUUAUGUAAACGGAACAUCAUCUUACACCUGUCAAUGUGAUGAUUGUCAUCAGGGUCCACUGUGUGAGCUAGAUGUCGACACAUGUUUCAGCCAGCCAUGCCUUAAUGGAGGAACAUGUGAAAACAUGUGUACUCAUUUUACCUGCCAUUGUACAACAUUAUGGACUGGGGCCUUCUGCGGAAAUAGAGUGAAUUUUUGUUUGAGUUCUCCCUGUCAGAAUAAUGGCCAGUGUACCAAUGAUCCAUCUGGUAAUGUAUCCUGUGCAUGUCGACCAGGUUUCACUGGAACAUUUUGUGAGACAGAUAUCGAUGAAUGUAUGAUUAACCCCUGCCUCAAUGGAGGAACGUGUACCCAGCUAUCUAUUGGUGGAUACUUCUGCAACUGCCAACAGAACUUUGCAGGAGACAACUGCGAAACAACCGUUGGAUGUAGUGCAAAUUUCAGCCUACCAGCCGAUGGUCAAGUUGAGCUGACGUCACCAAACUAUCCUGAUAACUACCCAGAUGAUGCUCAAUGUCUCUGGUCUUUCACCAUGCCAUCUGGAAGGAGAUUCAGAGUGGUCUUUGGAAACUUUACAACCGAGGCGAACUAUGACUAUCUUCAGAUUGGAAACGGAUUAGAUCCUACAGAUAUAAGUACCAGGGUCAUCUACCAUUCAGGGGCAACACAACCAAGCAACUUUAUAUCCUCUGGAAACAUGUUGUGGGUGUGGUUUACAACAGAUGAUAGCAAGACAUAUCCUGGGUUUUCUGUCGAGAUCAAGGAUAACAGUAUACCAGUGAUUCCACCGUGCUCUAGUGACCCUUGCCUGAAUGGAGGAACAUGUGAGGACACCAUAGAGAGUUAUGUAUGCAUCUGUACUUUCAAUUGGGCUGGUCUCUAUUGCCAAAAUGAAGUAUCCUGUAAUCCUAGCCCCUGUUUGAAUGGAGGAACUUGCAAUCCUCUAGCUGAUGGUAGUAUCAGGUGUGUGUGUCCUAGUGGCUUUCUUGGUGAUAGAUGUGAAACAGCGCUCUCAGAGACAUGUACCAAUGAUCCUUGUUUUAAUGGAGGUACCUGUAUCCAAGACACACCCUCUUCUAUACUAUGUAUGUGUCCACAAGGGGUCACUGGUCAACUAUGUCAGUCAGAUGUAGACGAAUGUUUAUCCCUGCCCUGCAUCAACAGCGGUACCUGUAUCAAUGGGGUAAAUCAGUUUUACUGCAGUUGCCCAGAUGCUUACUCUGGGAUUACCUGUGAAAUACAAGUGUUGUGUUUAGAGAACCAUUGUCUAAAUGAUGGUCGCUGUAUUCCUCUUCCUGAUGGUAACUACACAUGUCAGUGUACUGGAGCAUGGACUGGAAGCAUAUGUGAUCAAGAUGUGAAUGAGUGUCUGAGCAACCCUUGUGUAGCGGGUUCUUGUGAGAAUCACCUUGAUGGAUUUACAUGUCGAUGUGAAGACGGAUUUACUGGACCUAGGUGUGAUAUUGACACUGGUGUUGGCUGUCUUACAAACCCGUGUGGUUUUAAUGGUAUAUGCAGUGAUCUUGAGGAUGGUCAAUUUCUAUGUACAUGCAAUCCAGGAUAUACUGGAGAUCGAUGUGAGACAAAUAUCGAUGAUUGUUCUAGUUCCCCAUGCGCGAAUGGUGGCCGAUGUGUAGAUUUAGUAAAUGGCUACCAGUGUGUGUGUACUGUUGGAUAUACUGGGCCACAGUGCUCCAUUGAUAUUGAUGAGUGCCUGAGUGAACCUUGUCAGAAUAAUGGUCUAUGUGUUGAGGUCAUCGGUAAAUACAUGUGCUUUUGUGGAGCACGCUACUCUGGAAUCAACUGUGAACGAAGUCUUCCAGAAGAAGGUCAGCAGGAGACAGGAGAUGGUUUUGUUUUGGAACCUUGGUGGAUUGGUGUCAUAGCAACCCUUCUCUUCCUGAUGGUUCUCUUUCUCUCGGUCCUCUGCUGGUCUUAUAGAAAUCCUAUCAAACGGAAAGAGGCUAAGCUGGGCUUGUAAAGAAAUGCUGCCAACAAGUUCACUUUUAUCUAUUAGCAAUGCAAACAAAUACAUGUUUAUUGUAAUCAUAAGAUAAGGUUUAAAAGGGAAGUGCAUAUUGAGAUCAGGUUAGUCUUAAUAAAAAACAGAAGAUAACAGAAAAAUAUUGAUGGAAAGUUUGACGGAAAAACAAUAGAUGUGUGAAAUUUUUCAAUCUUAUAUUUGCAACAUCAUGUGUGAUCAAUUUUUUCAUGAUAAUAAUGAUAAUAAACAAAUACAUGUUUAUUGUCAUCAUAAGAUAAGGAUUAAAAAGAAGUACACAUUGAGAUCAGGUUAGCUUUAAUAAAAAGUAAAGCAGAAGAUAACAGGAAAAUAUUAAUAUAAAGUUUGGUGGAAAAACGAUAAAUUUUUUACAUGAUAAUGAUGCAAUGUUCCAAAGCUCUGCAUAUUAUUACUUAGGAUUUAGCAUGGCUACCCUGAUUGAGCAUUCUGGAAUUCGAAGACUUUGAAUCAAUAAUUACUGAUUUUAUUAGAGAAGGGUGCUAUUAACAUUACAAAAUUUAAGCUUUUUAUAAAGUCAGUGAAUCUAAUAUUCUACAGAAAUUUUCGCCAGACUUUAAUUUUUCUAAUUCUGUAUGUAAUUAUUAAAACCUAUUUCAUGUUAUGGUGAUCUUCCAAUUUCAGUAUAAAGCAUUCUAUAAAUCUAAAGGAUAAAACUCUUCUCUAAACUGUGUGUAUGUUUUCUUAAUAAGGCUGACAUGGGGGGGUUCCAACCUAUUAAUACUGUCUGCAAAAGAAAAAUUCUUGCCCUAAUAAAGGGUAAUGGUUAUAACAACUUUAGUGGGCACAUGGCUUAUGUAAUACAAUUCAUUUAAUAUCCACAAGAAAAGCGAGUUGAACAAUGUUUACCUUUUUUUAAAUGGAAAUCCAAUAUUGUGUUAAAUUUGACAUAAUGUUCAGAAAAUAACAUCAUUCCUUCAACCUUUUUCUUUCCUAUUUCUUUUUCUAAUUCCUUUCCUUUUCAGUUUUUGAUCAUGGAAAUUGUGGGGGCUAUGGCCCCACGAACCCUCCCCCCCCCACCGCGCCCAGUCUAUACGCUAGUGAUCCCAGACAAGAAUUAUUAAUUUAGAUCAAUUGUAAUCAAGAUGAAUCAAUUUUAUUAAAAGUCUAUUGGCCUAUAGCUUUAAAACUAAAUAUUGGUGACAAUACCAUUCCCUGAACCCUGUGCAAGGAUUAACUUAAAGUUAAAAUCAAUUUUGAUUGAGGUAUAUCAGUACUCUUAACACUUUAUUGGCCUACAACUUUGAAAUCUUUUUCGUUUUUUAUUCGAUAUGGUGCUAGAGGCACUACCAGUGUAUUUUUAUAAGAGAUGGGAGGUAAGACACGUCAUUUUUUGUUCUCGAGAUGCUUGUUUUUUGUGAAUAUAUUUGCAUCAAUCUGAACAUCUAUAACCAAAAAUAUUCUUUGCAUUGAGUCGAAAUUGUCCCAUUAUGUUUGCCUUAUAAUGUGAUGCUAAAUACAAACUAUGUCAUAAAAAAAAAUAAUAAAAAAAUUUUAAAAAAUUCUCGGCAGAAUGAUGGUCAUUGUUUUGCUCAUUAACAUGAUGAAUAUACUUUGUUAUAUUUUUUAAAAGCAUUCUAUAUGUUAGCAUUCAACUUGUUCAGUGCGAAAUCUAAGGUGAUUUUAUUAUGCUUGUAUACUUGUUAUACCCCAAGAAAUCACUAAUUUUGCAAUAAAAUUUGGUUUACAUUACGUUUUUAUGUGUCAGUGUCGCUAAUUUUCUUUGUCAGUUAUGUGUAUUUCUUGUAUCUUGAAUAGGAAUA